UGCACCGGCGAUGCAGAGUUGCAGUGCCGCCGCCUUCCUUGCCUCACCUCACUCGUCACUCUCACAACUCGGCCUUGCCCCGCAUCCAUAACCAACGUCAGUCUUCAUCAUCUUGCAGGCAGUACAGAAAAUAACAGAUUACUUGAUGCUGAAGCAACUUGGCCUUCCAAGUCCGGAUACGAUCUUGGUCCUGUUCGUAUUUUGUACGCGUCCCUUGUCUCUCUGCCUGGGCCCAUCUCCACCCACAAUACGCUUCUGGUCAAGUCUCGUGAUACGCAACGGACGGCAGGUCCUGGGAGACUCCCUGAGUCUUUUGCUCACUUUUCCAUAAUGUGA